AGCACCACGUGGAAUCUUUGCUCCUAAUCUUUCAAACUUUUCUGGCUCCUUAAGGAACUUUACGAAUUCCAUAAUUUCUUCCUUUGCUUCGUCCAUACCGGCGACAUCUUUAAAGCGGGUACCAAUUUCAUUCUCAUGGUUGAACAGUUUUGCUCUACUCUUUCCUAUGCCGAAAAUACCGCCACCAGCACCAGAACCAGCUCCUGCUCGUCUGCUCAUCCAGUACAAUAAACCAGCGAAAAGCAAAGUUGGUGCGAAGUGUAAGAUCAUAUUAAGCGGUGAAGUUUCUUCAUGGUAUGCGACCGGAAUCUUCUCGUGGUUUGGUACGCCAAGUUCCUUUUGUGCCUCAUCGAGGUGACGUUCGAAAGCGUCUACGCUGCCAAUAGAGAAGUACAUACCGUAGCUAGAAGGAACAUCGCCACGCAAGCCAACUCGUACUUUGUUACGGUUUACUACGACCAAACGCUCAACGAGACCUCUGUCGAGGUAGCCUGUUCUGAACUCUUGCCAGGUAACUUCCCUCUCGGUAGCGUCUGGCACAAGGAGUCUAUAGGUGAAAUAUGUACCGACACCCAUCAUUAAAAGCUGCUGUCCGUUGAUGCGAAUUUCAGUGUGUGGUCCACCGCCGCCACCGCCUGGGAAACCACCUGGGAAACCGCCUUCGCUGUCCUUCUUGUCCUUCUUCUUGUUAUCCUCGCUGUCGUCAUCCUCAUCCUUGCGCUUGUUUUGUUUCUUCUCGUCACUCUUGUCGUCUCUUCGGAUGAUAGGCGUAUGAGUGAAUUGCCUCUGUGGAUUGAAUUUUGUUAUUGGCCUAAAAUACCGCGGCCUUAUUAAAUUAGAUAAUCUUAGCAUCUCGUCGUAUUUCCUCAAGUUGCGCGAAAUCGUUGAGAUCUCUCUUUGGCAGGAAAUGCAAGGAUCAAAAAUAUUAGGAAUUGCUAGAGCCUCUACUACGCCUAUUGCUCCCCCAUUCGUACACCUUCCUCUUAGGCAUCUAUUCCAUCCAAAAUCUGGUUUCGUAGAAAAGCAGGCAGUGCCUUUACCUUCGGACGCCUUCAAUGCUCCCCUUAGAAGGGAUAUCCUCCACUCCUGCGUUCGCAGCUUCCUUUUCUCUAAUAGAGACGGUACAAUAGCACACGUUAAGAAUAGACAUGAGGUUGCAGGUAGUCAUAGAAAACAGAGACCACAGAAAGGUACCGGUCACUCGAGAAUGGGUACCAAGCAGUCCCCGCUCCUCGUCGGUGGUGGUCAAGCUCAUGGCCCUCGUAACACCCGCAACUGGAAGCGCAAAGUUAACAAAAAGGUCUGGGCACUGGGCAUGAAGGUAGCCUUGUCCGACAAAAUUCGUUCAGGCGAGUUGGUCGCCAUUCCAGCCAGUCAUUUGGAUAUUCCAAGAACAAACAAACUGAGCAGACAACUCAGCAAUCUUGGUUUGUUAGAUAGAACGCUUUUCGUUAGCUCAGAUAUUACUUUGCACCUCGCUUCACGGAAUAUUCCUACCAUAGACACACUCACACCAGAAGAAGUUGACGUUUAUGAUGUUCUCCGCGCUAAGAAGGUUGUCGUGGACGUGCAAGCGCUUAAUUCACUCUACCACAAGAUUCAAAUAAAGGCAGGUGAGAUUGAGGGCAGCGUGGAAGAACCUGAAGAAUUCGGGUUUGAGACACCUGCACUCACUGAACAAGAAGAGCAAGCGUUGUUGGAAAAGGCUGAUUUUGUACUUAAUAAGCAGUGAUUUAUAGAUUCAUUCGG